CUCCUCGAAAAAUGUUUCCAAGUAGUUGGAAACUUUCCACAGCAGUGCUGGUGUGGUGUAUUGCCUUGGUUCUUGGCAAAACUUCAAACCCCUUUGGGGAAGUUAGUCGUGGAUAUUUAAAAAAUUUAGUGCGUCUGGCCAAGUCUGCGGAAAUUCGCAACUACAUGAAUGAAUCGCAGGAUCCCUGUGAGGAUUUCUAUGAGUUUUCCUGUGGCAAUUAUUAUCGCCUCAAUCCGCCCAACUCAUAUCCUUACAUAAAUAAUGCCUUUGAAACCAUUUCGAGUGCCUUGGGUCGCAAGAUUUUGGCUGUGCUCGAGGAGAAAACCACCACUGACACCUUGGCCGACAUGAAGGUGAAAAAUUUCUACGAGUCCUGCAUGAACUUGGAUGUGGUGGAGAAUAUCUAUGCCGAUAAGCUGAAGGAAAUCGUGGCGGAAUUUGGCCAAAUGCCUGUACUCGAGGGUGAGUCGUGGAAUGCCAGUGAUUUCGAAUGGAUGCCCACUGUGGCGAAAAUCGCCUACAAAUACAACAUACGCUUGAUAGUGGGCACCGAAAUAGAAGCUGAUCCGCUGGACAAUCAAAAGAACAGCUUGCGCCUAAGAUUACAGCCGACAUCGCUGCGCAAAAAAUCCCUCUAUGUAGAUGAGGAGAAUGAAAUCUAUCGCGACAUGCGUGUGGCGAGUAUGACUCAAUUUAUGCACACCCUCUUGGAUUUGGACAUCGAGUUGGCCAAGAAGACGGCUCAGGAGAUUUUCGAUUUUGAAACUCGUUUGGCGGUGGAGUUCAUCAAGGGCAAUGAGGAUGAAAUUUCCUCCAACUUGACGGUUACCACGCUGGAUGAAAUGCAUGACAAGUAUUAUCCCUCCUUGGAUUUCAAGGAGUUUUUCAAUAUCUCCCUGGGCACGGUGCCCCAAGGUCACAUCUAUGGACUCAGUGGCCAUGAGAUCAAUCGCCUCAUCGAUGUGGUGAAUUACGAAAGGAGGCGUUUAGUGGCCAACUAUGUGUUUUACUACUUGCUGGAGCACUUUAUGCUCAUCCAGCCCUCUACCCACUAUGAACAUGAGCUGAAGUGUCUGAAGCGCACCCAAAGGCAUUUUGCCAACAUAUUGGACAACAUGGUCUAUCGCAAGUACAACAGCCAUCAAAUGGAGCAUGAUGUGGAAAUGAUGUGGAAGGCCAUUAAGAUCACCUUUCAGAAAUCUUUGGGCUUAAUGAGAUUUUAUUGGAUGAGCAAUCACACGCGCAGCCGAGCCUUGCAUAAAUUGAGAAAUAUUCGUUUGCAAUUGAAUGCCCAUCAGGAGAGGGAUUUCACCCAAGAGCUGGAGGAUUUAGUGGUCAACAAACACGACUAUGUGGAAAAUGUCAAGGCCAUUUUAAUUCUAAACUCCAAAGAGGUCAGGGCCCGGUUAACACAGCCUCCCCGCAAUCAUGAUGAGCGUGACUUUUCAUUCACCCCUGCCUUUGUUUUGCAUGAAAAUCUCAUAAAAGUUCCCGUGUCCAUACUACAACCCUAUUACCUAUGGUCCGAUUUCUAUCCUCAUGCCUUGAAAUUUGCCACCUUGGGAUUUUUGAUAUCCCAUGAACUCAUCCAUGGGUUUGAUGAGGAGGGGCGCAUGUUUGACCAUGCCGGCAACUAUGAUGACUGGUGGGAUGAGGAGGCCGGAAAGAAUUUCAAAACCCUCAUUGAUUGUUUCAGGCAGCAAUAUCAGGACUAUGUAUACAAUGAUCGCCAUUUGAAGCCCUCAGCCUCCCAGUCCGAGAAUAUAGCCGAUAAUGGUGGAGUACGUUUGGCCUAUGAGGCCUAUCGCAAUUGGUAUGAUGUUAUACAAGCCCAACAGAAUAUGGCCUGGGAGGUAUUGCCACGUCUCAACUACACCAACAAUCAGCUGUUUUUCAUAGCCUAUGCUCAACUAUGGUGCAGUUCUACGCAUCCUGUUUUGCGUAAUUUUGUCACCUCCAGUGAUGAACAUGUCCCCGACAAGUUUCGUGUUAUAGGGCCAUUGUCAAAUCUUUUGGAAUUUUCAUUGGCCUUUCAGUGUCCCGUGAAGGCGGCGAUGAAUCCACAGGAGAAGUGCACGAUUUAUUAGAGUUUAAUGAUGUAGAGGUAUAAAA